AUGUCUCUGGGUGGCCCUGGUUCCACUGUCUGGGACCGGGCUAUCACCGCUGCUUGGAACCGCAGUGUCCUUGCCGUCGCUGCAUCCGGCAACGAGAACAGCUUGGCUCCAACCGUUCGCCUGUUCGCUCACUCGAGGUCAUUCGCGUCGCUAACGUUCAGAGCAACGAUGUUCGUCUAUUAUGUCGGCUUAGUUCAACUCGGACUCUACGACUGCUACUUUGACUGGUACUUCGAUACCUCGCUCCACGUCGCUGGUCUCGUUAACUACCUGCAUAGUCUUGAGGGUCUAUCGAGCGCAGGGCCUAUCAAGGCGAGGGUGCUGGAGCUGGCUGCACCGAACAAGGUUACUGAUACCCAAGGCUCGGCGAACUUGCUGGCCUACACUGGUAACGGCCGAUAA